CGCCGCUCCUCCACCUGUCCGUCCCUUCCCCCUCCGUCCCCGGGAACUCUCCUCUCCUCCCCGUCCCGUACCUGAUCUCCGCCGCCGCCGCCCAAUUCGGCACCACCACCACCCCACCGGUCUCGCCAAUUCCUCCCCCGCCGCUGAAUCGCGCGCCGCGAGGGCCGAUCUCGCUGGUUCUUGCUUCCUGCGAGGUCAAGUGAGGAUAAAUCAAGUAAACUGCGAGUGCUACCGCAAACUGUUCGGUGUGCGUUAUCGGUAUGGCUUGCCAAUCAAUCCACAUAAAUUUGGCAGUCGGUUUGCUUUAACCCCGGUGUCUGAACAAUUGGUUGAAACGACCUUGCUUAUGCGUGCACAGUCUGCAAUUGUAAGCACAAUGGAGUCCUGAAAACACAGAUUUGGUGCACAUGCUUGCCAGCAAUAUGAACAAUGAUAAUGAUAAUGUUAUAGACUUGAUAUCGGAUAGUGAUGAUGAUUUUGAUUUUGACUCUGACGACCCAACUUCUACAAGUGUCACAUCUGUCAGGAAUGGUGAAGGGCAACCAAUCAGGCUUCAGGAUGAAGAUUUGGCAAGGACAAUGUUGAGCACUCCAUCUUCUUCUAGGCCUCUAAAAAAUAGCAAUGGCCAGUACAGAACUCUGCCACCUUCAUUUGCAAAUGGUAUUGAACCUCUAAAAAAUAGCAAUGGCCAGUACAGAACUCUGCCACCUUCAUUUGCAAAUGGUAUUGAUAUCAAGAAAGCCCGUUAUACUCGAGGUUCUGGAGACAGAACUUAUCCACAUUCAAGUUCAUAUGUGGGGUCACCGUAUGAUUCUGCAAGGGCCACUCUCACUUCCAACAGAAUUGCCAGUGUAGUGAAGGAGCUCAAUGGUUCAGCACUGGAUGCAAAUGACAAUGACAAGAUGAUUCUUCCAUCAUCUUUUUCUAAUGGAAGCACAGCAAAAUCUAUAAACCCAAAUGUUGCAAGUGAUAGCCGCAGACUUCCAUCACGUUUUGCCAAUGGAAAUUCACAAAAAAUGGUUGAAAACAUGAUGGAAUCAAAUGAUGCUAAGCAAAUUGGCCAGCCUUCAUCUUCAAAGUUCCCAACCCAAAAUUUGUCUUUGAGUAACGCCCAGAAGGUUAUCACGGAUGAUGAUGAUGAUGAUGAUAUCUAUGUAUAUGGUGGUACAAGCUCAAAUAGGGUGUUGCCUUCCUCUUUUGGAGGCAAUAAUUCUGCUAAUAAUACUGAUCUUGUUAAUGGCAAUGGUAUGCAAGCUCGUCCAAACCUAGAAAGUAGGUUUUUGGAUUCUGAGGAGAGAGCAGUAUAUCAAGAGGCUCUUCAGAAUAUUAGUCUGGAUAAAAAGGAAGAUGAUCUGCCGGAGGGUUACCUCUCAGUAUCUCUGCUUAAGCACCAGAAAAUGGCGUUAGCUUGGAUGGUUUCAAAAGAGAAUAGCUCCCACUGUGCAGGUGGAAUUCUUGCAGAUGAUCAGGGUCUUGGGAAGACAGUGUCUACAAUUGCCCUCAUACAAAAACAGAGGAUUCCACAGUCUAAAUUCAUGUCUGCUGAUUCUGAUGCUUUGAAAUCUGAAGCACUGAACCUUGAUGAGGAUGAUGAGACAGUGACUGUUGUUGACAAGGGGGAGCAGAUUCUGAACAAUGAACCCAAGGAGCUAGGCGCUAGUUUAUCAUCAACAGCAGCUAGUAUUAGUGGUGUUAAACCAUGUAUUAGUGAAAUAGAGGUUCCAGAUAGAAUGGCUGAAAGCAAAGUUGAAUGCAAAAAGAAGACUAAAACAGGCACAUCAUCUGCAUCAUCUAUGCAUUCCAUGACGAGGCCAGCUGCGGGUACUUUAGUAGUAUGCCCCGCUAGUGUUCUUAAGCAGUGGGCCAAUGAAUUAACAGACAAGGUUGGCGAAAGUGCCAAGUUGUCUGUUUUAGUCUACCAUGGUGGUGCAAGAACCAAAAAUCCAAGUGAGCUGGCGAAAUAUGAUGUUGUUGUCACCACAUACACAAUUGUGGCGAAUGAAGUGCCUAAACAGAAUGCUGAUGAUGACCCAGAUCAAAAGAAUGCUGAAGAAUCUUCUGCUGGUAAUAAAACAAAACCAUCAAGCAAGUCGAAGAAAAGGAAAAAGAAACUUAAGGAUUCAGAUAUUGACCUCAACAGUGGCCCAGUUGCGAGGGUAAGGUGGUUUAGAGUUGUUCUUGACGAAGCUCAGACGAUAAAGAACUUCCGAACGCAAGUGGCUAAAGCCUGUUGUGGACUAAGAGCGAAAAGAAGAUGGUGCUUAUCAGGAACACCCAUACAGAAUGCAAUUGAUGAGCUGUACAGCUAUUUCCGUUUUUUGAAAUAUGAUCCAUAUUCUACAUAUAGCUCAUUCUGUACGAUGAUUAAGCACCCGAUUGCCAGAGAUGCAGUUCAUGGGUAUAAGAAACUUCAAACUGUGUUGAGGAUAGUUCUCCUGCGCCGCACAAAAGAAACUAAGAUAAACGGAGAACCUAUCAUAAAUUUACCUCCAAAAACAAUUAAUCUGAAUAAGGUAGAUUUCACAAAGGAGGAGCGGGCUUUCUACUCGACCUUGGAAGAACGUUCUCAGCAACAGUUCAAGGAAUACGCAGCUGCUGGAACGCUCAAUCAAAACUACGCCAACAUCCUUUUGCUGUUAUUGCGCCUUAGGCAGGCCUGUGAUCAUCCUCUUCUUGUGAAGGGGCAUCAGUCAGUAUUUAAAGGGGAUGGUUCGAUAGAGAGAGCAAGGCAACUUCCCAAGGAUUUGGUAAUAGAUUUGCUUGCAAAGCUGGAAGUAUCAUCCCUUUGUGCUGUAUGCCGUGAUACACCUGAGGAUGCCGUUGUUGCAAUGUGUGGUCAUAUUUUCUGCUAUCAAUGUAUACAUGAGCGGAUAACAACUGAUGAAAACAUGUGCCCCACUCCUAAUUGCAGAACCACAUUAAGUACUGAAUCAGUAUUUUCAUCAGGGACAUUAAGGAUUUGUAUCGCUGGCAACACCUGUACUUAUGCAACAGCAAGUUCAUCAGCAGAUGAUGAGCUAUCUUCAAUCAGUCAAAGCAGUUACAUGUCCUCAAAGAUACGAGCUACCGUUGAUGAACUGAAUACGAUCAUUAACACACAUGCCAUAACAGACAGUGAUACUAGUGAAUCAAAUCCAAGCCAAGUAGCCCCAGUGAAAGCCAUUGUCUUCUCCCAGUGGACUGGCAUGCUGGAUCAGCUGGAGCUUUCACUGAAUAACAAUCUUAUACGGUACAGGAGAUUAGAUGGAACAAUGUCUCUCAAUCUAAGAGAUAGAGCAGUGAAGGAUUUUAACACUGACCCAGAGGUCAGAGUUAUGAUUAUGUCGUUGAAAGCAGGUAAUCUUGGUCUCAACAUGGUUGCUGCUUGCCAUGUAAUUCUCCUUGACGUAUGGUGGAAUCCUUAUGCCGAGGACCAGGCAAUUGAUAGAGCACACAGAAUUGGGCAGACCCGUGCUGUCACUGUCUCUCGUUUAACCAUUAAAGACACGGUGGAAGAUCGUAUUUUAGCUCUGCAGGAGGAAAAGAGAGCCAUGGUCAACUCAGCUUUUGGCGAGGACAAAUCUGGUGGCCAUGCCACUCGGCUCACUGUAGAGGACCUGAGGUAUCUGUUUAGAAUCUGAAUUGGGAGGAGGAUUCCUUGUUGGACUGCUAGCUCUGCGAGCGAUGACAGUGUGUACCGCCCUGCCGCGGAUCCAAUUUUGCCAUUCUCUGGACGUCCGAAGGCCAGCUGGCUGGCUAGCAUGUGUAGCGUAACUCUGGACCUCAAGGGAGAAUUCUGCUGUGCUCUGUUUAUCUGUGAUCCAUAGGAGAUCCAUAUAUAUGUACAUGUGUAGUUUUUUACUAAAUGGCCCUAAUUGUGGUUAAUUACAGAUCAGGGCUCUGUCAGUGA